UGUCAUGAAACUAUUGAAAUAGCACUUAUGCCCGCAGUGUUAGUAGAAUAGUUUGAGCAUCAGAAUAAAGAAAGAACAAACUUGAAAAAGAGUUUUCAGCGAACAUAAGAUUACUAAAACUAUUCAAGGAAGGGAAUAAACUUGGAGAAUUUAAGAAGAAAUAACGGAACAACAAAACUGUGAAAAUCCAGGGCUUUCCUCAACUGAUCCAUCUGUGAUUUAUUUAUUUUAUUCAGUUGAAACAGAUUUCUGAGGUUUCAAGAUGAAGUUGAUAGGAGUAAUUCUCCUUUUGGUGCUUUGGACUUGUGAGGGCAGCCGUGUGGCAGAGAGUGAAGAUGAAAACGGUGUAUACGACCUAUUCGAGCUUGUGAAAGUGAACAAGAGGCACCAAGGAGUUACCUUGGUAAAAGGCGCAGAUCCCUACAGCCCAGCCUAUAAGGUCUUGAACGCAGACCUGAUCCCCCCGGUUCCCGAGAUCUCCUUCAGGGACCUCAUUGAUUCAGUACAAGCUGAAAGAGGAUUCCUUCUCCUCGUCAACUUCAAGCAGUUCAAGAAAACCAGGGGUAGUAUUUUGACUGUGGAGAAGAAUGACGGAUCAGGACCGAUAUUCGAAAUUAUUUCUAAUGGCAAGGCGCAAACUCUGGAUGUGGUAUACUCCACCGGGAACAAGCAACAGGUAGUGUCCAUAGAAGAUGCAGAUCUAGCGACAGGGCAUUGGAAGAAUAUCACGCUGUUCAUUCAGGAAGAUCGUGCCCAGCUGUUCGUAGGAUGUGAAGAGAUCAAUAUAUCCGAAAUAGACGUGCCCAUCCAAAAGGUCCUGACGCAUGAGGUUGCUGACAUUGCCCGUCUGAGAAUUGGAAAAGGAGCUGUGAAAGACAGAUUUAUGGGAGUGCUUCAGAACGUGCGCUUCGUUUUUGGAACCACUUUGGAGGCAAUCAUGCGCAAUAAGGGAUGCCAAAGCUCUGAAACAUUGGCUGAUGUCAUGACCCUGGACAACCCAGUCAAUGGGUCUAGCCCAGCAAUAAGGACUGAUUACACUGGCCACAAAAGCAAAGAAAUUCAGCAGGUCUGUGGCUUUUCCUGUGAGGAUAUCACCAGCAUGUUCAAGGAGCUCAAGGGACUCGGCGUGGUUGUUAAGCAGCUGUCAAACGAGCUCAACAGAGUGAAUAAGGAGAGCACUCUGCUCAUGAACCAGAUGAGAAUCCACAGUGGGGUCUGUCUUCACAACGGCAUUGUGCACAAGGACAAAGAUGAGUGGACCGUGGACGGCUGCACAGAGUGUACCUGCCAGAACUCUGCCACUGUGUGUCGCAAAAUCUCUUGUCCCCUGAUGCCCUGUGCCAACGCCACCGUGCCCGAUGGAGAGUGCUGCCCACGUUGUGGAACCCCGAGUGACUAUGCUGAGGAUGGCUGGUCCCCCUGGUCUGAAUGGACUCAUUGUUCUGUGUCUUGUGGACGGGGAAUCCAGCAGCGAGGUCGAUCAUGCGACCGCAUCAACAGCAAUUGCGAGGGCACCUCUGUGCAGACCCGCGACUGCUACCCUCAGGAAUGUGACAAGCGCUUCAAACAGGAUGGUGGCUGGAGCCACUGGUCUCCCUGGUCCUCCUGCUCUGUGACCUGUGGUGAAGGAGUCAUCACCCGCAUUCGCCUCUGCAACUCCCCAACUCCCCAGAUGGGAGGCAGAGACUGCCAAGGACAGGGCAGAGAGACCGAGGUCUGCCAGAAAUCACCAUGUCCAAUUGACGGAGUCUGGGGACCCUGGUCUUUAUGGGACACCUGCUCUGUCACCUGUGGAGGUGGAUUCCAGACUCGCCAGCGUCUUUGUAACAACCCCACCCCCAAAUACGGAGGAAAGGAAUGUCAGGGUGACGGCAAAACAUCCCAACUGUGUGGAAAAGAGGACUGCCCUAUUGAUGGCUGUCUGUCCAACCCCUGCUUUGCUGGUGCUAAGUGUACCAGCUUUGAUGAUGGUUCCUGGAAGUGUGGCGCAUGCCCAGUGGGCUACACCGGAGACGGCAUCAACUGCAAGGACAUCGAUGAGUGCAAGGAGGUCCGUGACGCAUGCUUCACACUCAACGGAGUCCACCGCUGUGAGAACACUGAGCCUGGUUACAACUGCCUUGCCUGCCCCCCUCGCUACUCAGGACAACAGCCCUUCGGGAGAGGAGUGGAGCAGGCCACAGCCAAGAAACAGGUGUGCACACCCCGUAACCCCUGCCAAGACGGCAGCCAUGAUUGCAACAAGAAUGCCAACUGUAUCUAUCUGGGUCAGUUCAGCGACACUAUGUUCCGCUGUGAGUGCAAACCAGGUUACGCUGGCAAUGGUCACAUCUGUGGAGAUGACACUGACCUGGAUGGAUGGCCCAACAAAGACCUCCUGUGUGUGGAGAAUGCCACCUACCACUGCAAGAAGGACAACUGUCCAAACCUUCCCAACUCUGGACAGGAGGAUCACGACAAAGAUGGGCUUGGUGACGCUUGCGAUAACGAUGAUGACAACGAUGGGAUCCCUGAUGAUAGGGACAACUGCCCAAUGGUCUACAACCCCGCUCAGUAUGAUGUGGACAGAGAUGACGUUGGUGAUCGAUGUGAUAACUGUGUGCAUGAGAGCAACCCCGACCAAGUCGACACAGACAACAACGGAGAGGGGGAUGCCUGUGCUAUUGACAUUGACGGUGAUGGCAUUCUAAAUGAGAGGGACAACUGCCCAUACGUCUACAAUGUGGACCAGAGAGACACUGACGGGGAUGGAGUGGGAGACCACUGCGACAAUUGCCCUCUUGAAAACAACCCAGACCAGAUUGACUCUGACUCAGACCGUGUGGGAGACAAGUGCGACAACAACCAGGACAUUGAUGAGGACGGUCAUCAGAACAACUUGGACAACUGUCCCUAUAUCCCCAAUGCCAACCAGGCCGACCACGACAAAGACGGCAAGGGUGACGCCUGUGACCACGAUGAUGACAACGACGGUAUCCCUGACGACAAGGACAACUGUAGGCUGGCCUUUAACCCUGACCAGCUGGACUCUGAUGGUGAUGGUCGUGGAGAUGUUUGCAAAGAUGACUUUGACCAAGACAACAUUCUUGAUAUCUACGAUGUGUGCCCUGAGAACUUUGCCAUCAGUGAGACGGACUUCCGCAGGUUCCAGAUGGUACCACUAGACCCCAAGGGAACCUCCCAGAUCGACCCCAACUGGGUGGUCCGUCACCAGGGCAAAGAACUGGUGCAGACCGUCAACUGUGACCCUGGCAUCGCUGUUGGGUUCGAUGAGUUCAACGCAGUGGACUUCAGUGGAACAUUCUUUAUCAACACAGACAGGGACGAUGACUAUGCUGGAUUUGUGUUUGGGUACCAGUCCAGCUCCAGGUUCUACGUGGUAAUGUGGAAGCAGAUCACACAGACCUACUGGUCCCACACGCCGACCAGAGCUCAGGGCUACUCAGGAGUGUCCAUCAAAGUGGUCAACUCCACCACAGGACCUGGGGAGCAUCUGAGGAACGCCCUCUGGCACACCGGUGACACUGCUGGACAGGUGCGUACUCUGUGGCACGACCCCAAGAACAUUGGCUGGAAAGACUACACCGCCUACAGAUGGCACCUGAUCCACAGGCCCAAGUCUGGACUCAUCAGAGUUGUGAUGUAUGAAGGCAAGAGAAUCAUGGCCGAUUCCGGAAAUAUCUACGACAAGACCUAUGCUGGUGGAAGACUAGGCAUGUAUGUCUUCUCUCAGGAGAUGACAUACUUCUCAGACCUCAAAUAUGAAUGCAAAGAUUCUUAAUCGGACUAGAGAGAGGCUCUUAGAAGAAUGUAUUUACCUGCUCAAAUAUAAAUGUAACAUAUGACCUGGGACCAUAUCUUUAUUACUCUUUACUUUGCGACAAGCACAUUGGUGGAAUGGAGAGCAAGUGUGUGGGAUUGAGGCAGAAUGGACAUAGGCUAACUGCCUGCCCUAUGAUGACUAGACCCCUGCACUAACAGCAGGUUGAGCAUAACUUUGCUCAGUGAAGAAAUCAGAUAGAUUUCUCUGCACUUCUGAAUUAGUUGCUAUCCCACUCUAGAUGGAGGUCUAAAGGGAAGAGUAUUUUCAUUAUUUCCGAGCAUUACUUCAGCUCUGCAGUGGACUCAAAAGGACUUGACUUGUUUCCAAAUGAAGAAAGCAGUAGGAUAUUUACUCCAGAUGGGCCAGAGAUGCCUCUUAAAGGAACUAUUGAGGGACCGUGGACGGUAUGGAUUGGCUGUUACUAUCAAUGCGAGUGAAUGUUUGUCUGCGUGUAUGCUACCCAUGAAGAGCUUUGUGAUAAAGACACUUAAGCCAAUUGUAGUCAAGGCAUUAGCCAUUUCAAAUUCGGUAACUAAGUGGCUUCUAGUAGACCCUUGCAGUUCAGCUCAGUAUGAAGUAUGUCUUCAGGGUUUGACCAGGCUUGCUAAGUGGUUUCUCAGGAAAGAACUCUAGAUGAUAUAUGGAAUGAGCACAGAAGCAGGACUAGCACCCAAAGCCAAUAUAGACUACUAGCGAACAACAUAACUGCUAUUUCGCCAGGAUUCCAGGAUGUCUUUUUUUUCCAUCUUAGCUCAGACAUUAGUGGAGAGGGACAGAAACACAUGGGCCAGUCUAACCUGCCUUGAGAGGACUAUUGUUACCAAGGUUGUACAUAAGUUAUUAUUUAUUUUAUUUGCUACCAGUUGAGAGUAUUGACACAUGAUCCUAGAGUUAGGAUAUCUCUCAUCUUUAUUCAUCUCUGUCUUAUUGUCAUUAAAACCCGUUCGAAAUAACUGGAAUCUUGAAACAGGGUAUAAAUCCCUCUAAAAAAGUCCUCUCAUAGCAGGGUGCAGUAUUAACUCUCACACCAACCUUCCAAAAUAGACAAAUUAGGUGUCAUUUAAAUCCCAUUGUUCUUCUGCACAGUAUGUCUGACUUGUGUGCUUGAGAAUGUGUGUAUAUUUCUGAUGGGGAAAACAAAGGAAAACCUUUAUGUACAAAUAUUACCUCAUUAUUUUUUUGAUUGAAACCAACAAAACAUGAGAGUACCCUUUUAGCACCAGAGUAUACAUAGGUUGGCUUCUUUUUUUGUGCGUCACUGUAGUACAAUCAUUUUUUUAUGAUGUAUAUAAAAUGUUUUUGUUGUAGCAGAAAAUUCCCCUAAAGUUCUAAAAACGUUUUCUGAAAUAUGUUGUGCUUGAUGUAUGUCCUGUGCAUUUGUAAUGGAUAAAUUAUUGUUAUGUUCGUCUGUUCUAUGUUAAGAGGUUAUUUAACGUGUAGAUAUAUGCUAUUUAAAUAAUUUAUCAAGAAACGUGAUCCGUGUUCCUGAUUGGAUAGACUUGUUUGCACACUGACAUGAGGAUGUCUUUGGAUAUUGUUUUGUUCAGUUUUUUUUAAACUUUACUAUAAGUGAUGCUUGUCUAUAAACAUUUUUACCAUAGUUUUACAUUUUGUAAUGUCAACCGAACAAUAAAUACAUCAGGAAAAAUAUA